UCACAACACUGAUAUUGUUCUCGAAUUGAAUAUAAAGUAUAUAAUAUUUGUAAAACUAUGUGCCUUACAUCCAGUUGUGAUCAGAUAUAUGAGCUUUAAUAGCUGUAGUUUUUUAUUGUAUUUGUUUUUGGCCAAUUUGCUUAAAUCAAUAUGGACGAAUUGAAGGCAGACGUGCAUGAGAUAUCCGAAACAUCGAAAGAUAACGAGCUCAGCAUUAAACAGAAGACGGAUGUCAUUGAAAAUAUUUGCCAGCGACUCAAAGUGGUCGCGGUCGAUGUGGAUAAGGUACUCAGAGCUAAGGAGCUAUUGUCUUCCUUGCAGCGGCGCAAGGCAUUCAUAGAUCUGAUCGGCCAGGAUGAUGAUGGCAGUCUCCAUAAGAAUCCCGAGGACAUGAAUCGACUGACAUCAAUUCACAGUCUGAAAAUAAUGUCUUAUGUGCCGGGCGUCGAUAGCUUUAGCGACGAUUUGCAAAUGUACGAGAGCAUUAGCGAGGAUAUAUGCCAAAUGCCCUUUGAUGAAGAGCGUUGGGGUAAUUUUUUUUCUGGCUACCAGAUACUCAGCGUACCGGAAACCCUCAAUACAAAUGAGAACGGCAAGUGCAUUGAGCUGGGUUGCGGGAAAUGCGAUGAGAAUCUAUAUAUGUAUUUGCAUUCCGGCAUACGCUGUUUCUUACUCGAUCUUUUUCGUGGACCGCUGCGCGAAAAUCAGGAUAUUAUUGUGCAGCUACGUGAGGCCGAGAUAGCUGUGUCGAAGGAGUUUGGUUUUCCUGUUGCCUCCACCAUUAUAGCCAAGUUGUCGCCGCGUCAACAAUACACUGGCUAUUUGGAUAUGGAUGAGUGCGAUAGCUACGAACUGAAAAGGGGUUACAGAACUAUUCUGACUGCUGAUCGCAAUUAUUCCCUGCACAGUAGAGCGGAUAUGAUUUAUGUAAACGCCCGUUUUCUGCUCGCCGAUGUUCGUCAGUUUGAUAUCAUUCUCAUUGGGGAAGAUAUACAGUUGAUGGUGCGCACCGUACGCCAGGAUCAUCUCAAAUGUUGCGUAUGCCGUGGGGGCACGCUGAGUUCCUUUAUGCCGGUACUCUUCCCGGCACGCUGCAGCAAGUAUCGCUUAUCGUACGAGGAGGUGGAAGACUUAACAUUUGCCCGCGAGGUGGGUAUCAAUGUGGUGGUAUCCUAUAUUGCUGGCACUGUCCAGUAUAUAAAUAAUCUGGAGAAAGUCAUGGCAUCGCUGCAGUGUGAAAAUCUCAGACUCUACGCGCGGGUCGUGCUGAACGAGAUUGAGGGCUGCGAUGGUGAACUGAACUGGGUCGCUGAACGCUACGAUGGCCUGCUGGUUGAGCUGGCGGAGCCAGCUAUAGUGCCAGAUAUUAUGCGUAUGUGUCCCAAUGCCGAAUGUCUCCUGCAGCUGACACGUAACGCCAAAAAGCCCAUCUUACUUGAUACCUGGCCCAUAAAUGAGCAGCAUCUCCGCGUCGAUCCCGCCCACUACUACUAUAUAUUCUUUUAUCCGGAUAAAUAUGUGGUCAAGUGCCAUCAGUCCCGUCAGGUCUUUUACUUCAGCUUCUGGCAGAACGCCAUUUUCGAUCAGAUUCUGCCGGUGGCUCUGGCAAAGAUGCCCCACUGCGACAGUUCGCAUACCGGUGCCGAUGGCCUAGCACGGGCCGUUGUUACCGCCUCCUUGGAGGUGAAUGCCAAGGCCAUUGUUGUCUGCGGCGUGACCACGCGUAUGGUGCAGAAGAUUUCUCACUUUCGCCCAAAAGCGCCAAUUCUUUUUGUCAGUCACAUGCGCUCCGCUGAGGACUAUGUAUCCCUGUAUCAUAAUGUUACCAUGCUUCCAUUUCGCACCACCUACUUUGUCAACCAUCGACGCAAUGCUUUUCGCAAAUCAAUCCUUGCCCUUGCCUAUUUGUCCUCACGCAAGAUUAUCGAUCAAGGCGAUCAAAUCAUAUUGGUUUAUAACUAUUCGUCGGGGACAACAUUCCCGGAAAAGUAUCUUAUCUAUAAAUUUGAUAAAAUUAACUUUGUGCAACACCUAUCCGGGUCGCUGUUCCCACAGGAUACAGAGUGUGUCUAUUGCAAUGAUAUGGAGGGCAUUUAUAUAUAUACUCAUUAGCAAUUAGCACAAAAGUUAAUCUUGGCUAUAGUCAUUGCAUAAAUUGAAGUUCCAGUGACAGAAUUCAGAUAUUACAAAAAUGAAUUGAAUUACUUGUUACGAGAAAUCAUGUAUUGAUUCGGAAUGUGUUAAUCUUAAAUUGUUAUCUAAUAUGUUGUAUUAUAGAAAUAUACAUGUACAUACAUUAUAAACAGAUCGAUACACUGCAAAAA